AUGUCGGCCAUCGGCUCCCUCAUCUUCUGCACGGCCUGCGGAAACUUACUGCGCGAGUCCACCGGCGACGCCAAUUCCAUCCUGCACUGCGAUGUCUGCGGUACAAGGAACAAAGAUACCGUCCCCCAAACGAUCGUCUCCGAAUCCAAACCCUCUGCAUUCCCGUCCGCAUUGCGAGCCAAGCGAUCAGCCGUGCAGGCCCUGACGGCCGAGGACCGGACGCACGAGGCGAUCACGCAAAAGACAUGUCCCCAGUGCGGGCGCAAGGAGAUGUUCUUCACGACGAUGCAGUUGCGCGGUGCCGACGAAGGGAGUACCGUGUUUUAUCGUUGUGUGUGUGGACAUAAGUAUGGCUGCCCAGCACUGAGUCUCACCCGGAUCCAAAAUCAGUACUGA